ACACGCAACAGUGCAAACUAGCAGCGGAAUGAAGUUCUCGUUUUGCCUCUUCUGUUAAAUAGGCGGUGAUCUUUCUAUUAAUAGUAAAUCUGCAUCGUCGUUUCAUUUCCUUUUCCUUCCCUACAAAUGGGAAGCUGCGCUUAAAGCGAACAGUGGCGGAGAACAUCUACCGAAGAUCUCGAGCCCAUAUAUUUUUAGUAAACAUCAAUCUCUGUAUUCCUAUCUGUCUCCGAUCCUUCUCUUUCUACGCUCGCCGUAAUUUCUUUCUCUAUCUCUCUCCCUUUUUGUCGGGCUCUUCCUUGGCUGUUGAAGCCAUGGACAUCUUAGCCGCUGCCGUUAUUGUUCCUAUGGGUUUGUUGUUUCUUCUUUCAGGUCUCAUCGUUAAUCUCAUACAAGCAUUUUGCUUCAUUAUUGUUCGCCCAUGGUCAAAAAGCUUGUACAGGAAGAUCAACAGAGUGGUGGCAGAGCUGCUUUGGCUGGAGCUUGUAUGGCUCAUCGACUGGUGGGCAGGGGUUAAGAUACAACUGUUCACUGAUACUGAAACUUAUCGAUUAAUGGGUAAAGAGCAUGCACUUCUCAUAUGCAAUCACCGUAGUGACAUUGAUUGGCUUGUUGGAUGGGUUCUAGCUCAGCGCUCAGGUUGCCUCGGUAGCACUUUAGCUGUCAUGAAGAAAUCAUCAAAAUUCCUUCCAGUCAUAGGGUGGUCAAUGUGGUUUUCUGAUUACCUCUUUCUUGAACGAAGUUGGGCAAAGGAUGAAAGCACACUGAAGUCUGGUCUUCAACGGCUUAAAGACUUCCCUCUGCCUUGUUGGUUGGCACUUUUUGUGGAGGGUACUCGCUUUACGAAGGCAAAGCUUUUAGCAGCACAAGAAUAUGCAGCUUCUAUGGGGUUGCCCAUUCCUAGAAAUGUUUUGAUUCCUCGUACCAAGGGUUUUGUUUCUGCUGUUAGUAAUAUGCGGUCAUUUGUUCCAGCUAUUUAUGAUGUAACCGUGGCUAUUCCUAAAAAUGAGCCUCCACCUACUAUGCUGAGAAUAAUGUCAGGACAACCUUCUGUGAUACAUGUGCACAUCAAGCGACAUUUGAUGAAGGAAUUGCCUGAGACUGAUGAUGCUGUUGCUCAAUGGUGUAGGGAUAUAUUUGUGGCCAAGGAUGCUUUGUUGGACAAACAUCUCGCUGAAAAUACCUUUGGUGACGAACAGCUCCAAGACACGGGUCGGCCAAUGAAGUCUUUGUUGGUUUCAAUCUGUUGGUCAUGCAUCCUUGCAUUUGGGGCUUUCAAAUUCAUCAUUUGGACUUCCCUCCUAUCAUCUUGGAAAGGAAUUGCGUUCUCAGUGGCUGGCUUAGCCCUAGUCACAAUUCUAAUGUACAUUUUCAUACUGUUUUCUCAGUCUGAACGUUCUAAUCCUGCCAGGGUGGCCCCUGCUCGGCCGAGGAAUGAUGACGCACCUUCUGAAGCAAGCCGAGCAAAACAGCAUUAGUUAGCAGGCUGUUCUGUAUCACUUGAAGAGGGGAUAAAGAGAGAUCCUCCACUGGAAUUCACUGGAUAUUCCUACUAUAGGUAUAUCUCAUGAAUGGUCAAAUGGUAGAUGGGUGUUUUCAGUUUCCUUAGUAUCUUCGUUCUCCUAAUUUUUUUUUUUCUUCUUCUUCUUCUUCUUCUUCUUCUUUUUGUAUAACUCCUAGUUUCAUGUUAUUGGCAUUUUUUUUUAGUAAAGAGUACAUAUUCAUAUUGUAUGCAUAUAUUAUCAAUUUAUUAAUUGUGGUUCAUCUAUGUAAUCUCCCCGUCACCUGAACGGGUCGAUUUUCCCUCUCUUA